CACUGUUGGGUGGGCGGAUCGUAGCGGUGACAGCGACGCUCGGAGACUCCCGACAAACUGUCAAAAAGCAGACAACUAACGUCAUGGCGGAGCUAGACCUGAGUCUGAGUGACGCGCUGACAGACAGCCCUCCCCAGCCGGGCCCCGAGAGCCUGGUGGAGCGGGACUUUGUGGCUCAGCUGGAGGCAGAGCCCUUCGACGAUCAGGUCGGGGAGACGGUGGGAAAGACAGACUACAUCCCCCUGCUGGACAACGAUGACACUCGGGCAGACACGGUUACUGCGUUGGAGAAUGGAGAGCAAGAAGCUCAUGGGGUACAAAAGCCCGGCUGUAAGCUGACCUCGGGGGGACAGACAUCAGCGUCACGCCCGGAGCCGCAGGGAGAGGUGCGGCCACUCUCGCUUGACCAGAAGCAGGCCCUGGCUACAGACUUCUUAUCAGCCUCCAUGGCAGGUUAUUCAGAUCCUCUGGGCUCUCAGACCAGUCCUGCCCAAAUGAUGGAUGCUGGCCUGAAAGGAGCUUUCUCAGGUUUCUCCCAGCCUGGAGGGAUGGAGGUCAGUGUGGAGGUGGGAGCUGCACCCUUCCAAGCAGAGAGACCUCCAAGUAUAGCGGAGCCCCAGCAUCUCACACCCCCAGCAGGGUCAGACGCCCCUAAAGACCACAGCCCCAUGCUGCCCGAACCCCAGGUUCCUCGCAGCCCUGCAGAUCUGUCAGCAGGUGCCUUAGGUGACUGCUGGCCAGACCAGGCUGGCUGCCUAUCGACAGACCUCCCUUUCACCCCCAGCGUCUCCACGGUGAUCAGUCGCCAUGCAGGCCAUCUUGCAGCCAGCCCCGAUGAACCUGACAGUUGGCCUAGCCGAGAGAGCGCUGCCUACGCUGGAGGCGAUGAAAGGGAGGGAGAUGGAUCAGACCGAAAACAGAAGAAGAAGAAGAAAAGGCGACAGAAAGAUGAGGGAUCUUAUGAACACCAUGAGAACAGGGGACACCCAGAGAUGCAAGCACAAGGAGAAAACACUCCCCCAUCAGAAGAAUUCUACAAUAGGAUUGGCCCAAGGCGGGAUAGAGGCGAGGGUGGCUGGGAGGAGCAGCUUGGGAAGAGUGGAGGCCGAGGGAAAAGGGGGAAGAGCAGAAAGAAGCUUCCAGAGGAAUGGGGAGUGAUGGCGGAACCAUUUGUUCCUUCUUCUGCAGCAGCCUCUCAAAUCACAGAGGAGGUGAUGGUGGAUAUUGGGAGUUCAGCUCAGGCAAACCUGGGGUCCUCGUUUGUGGACAUGGACACCAGCCAGAGCCCCUGGAAAAAGGAGGUCUUCCCUGAAGAAGGUCUGGUUAGUGCCCCUCUGUCCCAAGACCUAUUCUCACCAACAGCUGCUUCCAUUAACCCACUGGUCCUGAACAGUGAGCUGAAAGCCACAGCAGCUCCAUUCACUAUGCCCUCCACCACCAACAAUGCGACACUUGGUUCCUUCCCCGUGGCUCCUCAAUCUGGUGACCCAUUUGAUUUCUUGAUGGAUACCGAAAAUGCCAGCUUGGGCAACAGCAACCAGGCCUUUUCUCCACCUUUCUCUUCAGAGAACGAAGCCACAGGUGGUGACAUGGUUGACAGCGGGAUGUUUGAAAACACCAGUUCCCUCCAAGAGUCUUGUGUGCAAGGCAUGCCUGAGGGAGACACCUCGGCUUUCAGCCCUGCCUCGCAGCCAAGCCCUGGCCUUUCACCAAAAAGCGAGGUGUUGGCCUCAGCUCCACCUCUUUCACCUUCAGAUGCUUCAUGGCUCCUGAACGACUCACACAUGAGCAGCAACAGUGAGCUUUUUGAAUUCAGUGACAUGAGCACUUCAGGGCAUCCUUUACUCUUAGGUUUGUCCUUUGACACCCCAAGCCCAGCACCUCUCCGGUCUCCUAAAACCACAGCACAGGAAUUCCAAUCAAAAGAGCUCAAAGAUGACAAAUCGUCCCAGAAGCAAUCCAAGAAGUCUCGUUCUUCAUCUUCUUCAUCCUCUGUGAAGAGUCCCACCUCCCCAGGAGCUAAGAAGUUAACUCCACAGGCAUCCCCUGUCAUCAGCCCAUCCUCUCCCCCAUCAGCCACCCCUCUGGGAAUUCCAGGAUCUGGUCUAAAUCCUGCAGCUAAGCCCUUCUUUCCCAGCUUUGCUGAUCCCAUGGAAGAACCAGCUGUGGUCCCUCCACUUGCCCCCACCAUUGAAGUAAAGUCAGACAAGAAGGAGGAGAAGCUGGAGGAAAAUGUAAAGAAGGUGGACGCGUUCGAUCCUCUGGAAAAAGUUGAGCAGAAGAGCGUGAAGGUCGAAUACGCAAGCAGCGAGACUCCAGCUAAGAUGGAGAAGGAAACGGAGAAGGAAAAGCAGAAAGAGGCAGAGAAAGAGAAGGAGAAAGAAGCAGAAAAGGUGAAAGAGGAGAAAGAAACAGAGAAGAAGAAAGAGGAAGAGGCAGAAAAGGAGGUGGAAAAACAGGCAGAAAAGGUGGAAGAGAUAAAGAAGGAGACAGAAAAGGAGAAAGAAAAAGAGGCAGAGAAAGUGGAACCAGUACAGCAGAAGACAGAAACAGAGGAUAAAAUGAACAAAGCAGAAGAAUCGCCAGAGAAACUGGUGAAGACGGACAAAGUGGACAAGACAGAGAAAGUGGAACACGUGGGGAUGACAGACAAAGUCGAGAGCAAGGCUGAGAAAGCAGAGGAUGUGGAAAAGAUGGACAAGAAUGAAAAGUCCAAAGUGGAAGAAAAAACAGAGAACAAAAAUACUGAGAAACCCGAGAAAGCAGAGAUGAAAGAUGGCAAAGAGCAGCACAUCGAGAAAGUGGAGAAGACACCAGAGCAACCCCCGACACCCGUCAAGCUCGAUACCAGUUAUGACAAACCGGAGCAGAAGGCCGACACAGAGGCAAAGGUGACGGCAGAGGUGGAAGAAACCAAGGAAGAAAAGGCUGAAUUAGACAAAGCCAAGAAGGCUGAGAAAGAGGACGAGGUGGAGAAACCGUCUGAGAAGCCUGCGGAAAAAGCAGCGCCGAAAAGCGAAAAGGAAGAGAAGCAGGACAAAAUGCCGGCUGAUAAAAAGACUGUCGAGAAGAAGGACGACAAGAAGGACAAGGCAGCAAAAGCUGACGGAGGAGAGAAGGCCAAAAAGGCUAAACCUACAGCUAAUGGAAGCAGCGCAACACCCAGCAAGGACCUGGCAACUGCAGACAAGAAGACUAAGCCUGCGGCCGGGGCGACCAAACCGAGCGCCGCCGCCAAAAUGCGGCCAAGCUCUGCGCCUGCUAGUGGUGGUUCGCCCGCAGCCCAUACUAAGCGCCCCACACCCUCCACCACCACCACCACAGACAAAAAAACAACCACAGCAAAGGCAGCAUCCACAACCACUGCUGGCCCAAAGCGGCCCUCCACCACUUCUAUCAGCCGCCCCUCGUCAUCAACCACAGCCACCACGCGUGAUGUCAAACCCAAGACGACCACAGAGAAGCGUCCACCUGUGCCAAAGGCGAGCACUGCCACCUCAAAUCAAACAGGCUCCACCGCUGCCACCAAAAAUGGAACUGCUACCAACGCAGCCAGUAAAACCACUACAUCAGCGCGCGCAACACCAUCUACUCGCACCACCGCUACCACCACCGCAGCCAAAAAGCCUCUGGCUUCUAAGACAGACAGCAAACCAGGAGAGGAGAAGAAGCCCAGCACUCUGAAGACUUCUGCAGCCGACUCUACCAAGCCCAAGACCACCACCACUCGCAGCACUGGUCCCACCACCACGGCCUCUCGCACUCGAACUUCAGCAGCCAAACCGGCCACACCAUCCUCCACCUCUGGCACAGUACCAGAGAAGAAGCCCCCGGUGCCCCGCGCCCCACGGGCCGCUUCCUCGACCACAACCACCACCACCACCGCCACCUCGAGGACCACAUCUCGCCCCGGCACAGCACCAACCCCUGACAUCCGCAACGCCCGCUCUAAGAUUGGCUCCACAGACAACAUGAAGCACCAGCCUGGAGGAGGGAAGGUGUCAUCUGCCUCUCAGAACAGGGGUGUCGCCUCCAAAGAAACGAGCCAGGGCAAAGUUCAGAUAGUCACCAAAAAGCUGGACUUCAGCCACGUCACCUCACGCUUGGGCUCCAAGGACAAUAUGAAGCAUGUUCCUGGUGGAGGGAAUGUGCAGAUACUCAACAAGAAGGUGGACUUGAGUAAGGUGACGUCAAAGUGCGGCUCCAAGGACAACAUCAAGCACAAGCCCGGUGGAGGGGACGUGAAGAUCGAGUCCCACAAAGUGAACUUUAGGGAAAAGGCUCAGUCCAAAGUGGGCUCCAUGGACAAUGUGAGCCAUUCACCUGGUGGAGGAAACAUCAAGGCUGAGGGGGCCCAGGAGACAACAGAGGGGAAUGAGACUCCCCUGAGUGACACCCCGGCCCCAGCCCCAGGCUCCGAGCCAGGGCAUGCUGGGAGCCCCCCUGCCCAGGAGAAUGGGCUGAAGGACGGGGCUCCCUGUGAUAGUGAGAGCCUCCGGGAGCCCCAGGCUCUGGACUCAAGCAUCCCGGAGACAAGCAUCUAAUUCUGCUAUCCCUCUGCCCUCCUCAUCUCAAACUCCCCGCAACAUCACCUCCUCCCCGUCCCCACCUUCUCCUGUCUGUUUUUUUCUUUAUCCCUUAUCUUCCCCCCCCCCCCCCUUCCCUCUUCUUUCCAACCUUUCUG